CUUUUCCCAUCUAAUCCAAUAAUAUCAUCGUCUUCUCUGCCUCUAUAUAAACAAACACUUACUCACCUAUUUCAUAUCAACACAACAUUACAAAACCCUUAUUCUCCACGUAGAACCAAGAGUUUUCUUUUCCUUAAAUCUCUACAAAAAAAAAAUCGAUCUAUAAAGAGCACAUACAUAUUGAUUCAUAAACCUAUUUAAGAAACGACUUAAGAAGCUGUUGGAUCAUAUAUACCAUAUAAAAUAGCAAUGGAUAUGAUAACGAAGAUGGUGAUGGAGAGACCGGUGGUGAUAUACAGCAAGAGUUCUUGUUGUAUGUCUCACACGAUCAAGACUUUGCUCUGCGAUUUCGGAGCCAAUCCAGCGGUUUACGAGCUGGAUGAGCUACCUAGAGGGAGGGAUAUCGAGCGGGCGUUGUUGCGGCUCGGGUGUAGCCCCGCAGUUCCGGCGGUUUUCAUCGGUGGAGAGUUGGUCGGUGGAGCCAAUGAGGUCAUGAGUCUACAUCUUAACGGAUCCUUGAUUCCUAUGCUUAAGCGGGCUGGUGCAUUGUGGGUUUGACUUAUUAUAUUUUUAACUAGUUUACUUAACACUAAGUUAAGUACGCAGAAUAAAAAUUUAACACAUCUAUGAGCUAUGGCAUGGUGAUAUGAUAAGUCCACGUCGGAUCAAUAAUCAGUGAGUUGUCUUUUUUUUGUUUUGAUGUUACCUUACUUUUAAAUAUGUGUUGACUUGUAUGAACUUUUACGAAAAUAAUAAUAUAUCGACCUGCAUAAACUAAUA